UAGCACCAAAUCUUAGUGAUGACCAGUGAAGCAGAGGAGGAGGAGAGGAGCUGUGAGCAAGGAGAUCCUGACGCUCCUGUGAGCAUGGAGGGGCAGCUGUAUGUCAACGUCUCCCCUCUGAUUGGCAGUCACAGCCAGUGUGCCCCGGAGGCCGUGGGAAGGCCCCGUUCCCGCAGCUAUGAUCGCAGCCUAGACGCAUCACUCUCCUUGGAGCGCAUGCUGAGCUGCCCCAUGCGCCUGAGCGAGGGAAGUCCCCACUGCCCCCCCCGUGUCACCUCCUUCGCAGAGAUCGCCCGCAGCAAGAAACGGGGUUCAGCGAAUCACAGGGAGAUCUCAUCUACUCGCUCUCACUCCGCUCUGGAGUUCCCUCCUGUCCUGGAACUCAAGCAGUCAGCCAAGGACGACGGCCUGCAGUCGCAGCUCCUCACACGCUGCUACAGCCAAGGCAGCUGCUACGCGGCGACGCCGCUCCACCCACAUUCCCAGCUAGGUGGUUUGCCCAGUGCGGAAUCCUGUGAGAUGUGUACCAGCGCUGAAGUCGGCUGGUCCCCAUCAUCCGAUGGUUCUCCUUCAGUGGUACGUUACAGCAAGGACAAGCGGCCCAACACCCUUCCCAUCCAGCCCUUUAUGUUCCAGCACCAGGUGGGCAAGUCCCACAGCCAGCUGCUGCGGCCACUGCUGAGCGAGUACGUCAGCCAGAUGCAGACCCGAGCCAGGGGCAAGCGGACCACCCAAGGGGGCGAGGAGCCCGUGGAAGGCCCGGCGAGGAGACAGGUCAUGGCCCCGGGCUCCGUCCGGCCCUCCCCACUUGGAAGUUACUCCCCAGUCCGCCAGCAUGGGAAUCCCAGCUUGGAGACCUGCUCCGCUUGCAGCCUGAGCCCAGAGAGUGGCCAAGGAAGCUCAAGAGCCCCACUCAGUCUCUCCUUCCCAGACACUACUGACCCUCUGCCCCUCUUGGCCACCCCCUGGUGCCCGCUGCAGUCGAGCCAGGCUCAGGGGCACAGCCUUGUUCACGGACAGCCUCCCGCCACCCCAGCUCCCCCUCCCUUGAAGAACGCUUUGUCAUCUCCGCUACUGCCUGUCGCUUCAGUUAGCUGCAUCCAGCAGACCUCCCCGGCCACCAAGCCCAAUCCUCUGGAACCAACCCACACGUAUGGCAGCAGCCAACGGAUGAAAGCCUCUGUUGCUGACUGCUCAGGGCCCACACUGUCCAAAAUCUACCGCUUCUCCCCACAGGCUCUUAAGUGGCGGGAAUAUCGUCGUCUGAACCCGCUGGGGGUGGAGAAAGACUCUGAACUUCCGCCCGAUGGCUGUCUCAGAGGAAAAAAGGGCGGGGGAAUUCUAGCUUGGCGUCAGCCUCUGAAGCUGCUGCCACACCAGCACAGCGAGUCCGUACCUGAUUAUGUCUCCGAGAGGCCACCGGACGAAUUCUGCCCGUCGCCCGAUGGGACGUCCGAGUCUCUGUCCAUUGACCUGCUGCAGAAGAAGGAUCUGGUGAAAGCUCUGAACAUUGCAGUGGAUUUCAUAGUGACUUAUUUUGGUACAAGCCGGGAUCCUGGAGUGAAGGCAAAAUUGGGAAACAGUUCCGUCAGCCCCAAUAUCGGACACCUGAUUCUGAAGUACCUGUGUCCUGCCAUUCGGGAUGUCCUGCAAGAUGGACUGCGAGGUUAUGUCCUGGAUUUAAUCAUCGGGCAGCGGCGGAACGUGCCCUGGGGUGUAGUGGAGGCCUCUGCACAGCUAGGACCCUCCACACGUGUCAUUCACGGUCUGUUCUCCAAAGUGAGCCAGUACUCUGAGCUGACUAAUCACAGCAUGAGGCUAAAUGCCUUCAUCUUUGGCUUGCUCAACUUACAAUCACUGGAAUUUUGGUUCAAUCAUCUCUUUACUCAUGAGGACAUCAUCACAAUGCAUUACCACCCCUGGGGCUUCUUACCACUAUCGCAAGGCAUCUGUCAGCCACUGUUCCAGGAGCUACUUCUGCUUCUGCAGCCGCUGUCCCUGCUGCCCUUUGACCUGGACCUUCUGUUUGAGCCCCAACUUCUGCAGAAGGGUCAAGACCAUAUCCGGAACAAAGAGCAGUUAUGUUCUACUGGCCUGGGGCUGGAGCGGUCUGCGCGCUCCACCUUCCAGUUAAUGAAGGCCUGGGGUAAAGCUGGAGUGGAGACCAAGAGUGCGAGAACAGAGGCCAGAAGAGAAGAGCAGGGGGUAGAAAAAGAAGUGAUGGAGUUGAACCGGAAGGGUCCAUCGCGCAAUACUGGGGGCGUUGAGCCAAAAAAAGAUGGAACUGAACAACAGAGAGGGAGCAGUUUUGAGACCCAGAAAGAGGGAAUGGAGUCAGAUAUUAUAAAGCCAGUAAGAGAAGGAGGUUGGAGGCUGGCACAAAAUGAGACGGACUAUUCACACAAAUGUUGUGGAGACAGGGGAGCAGAAGAAGGAAAGGCAGUGCAGAAAAUGAAAGGUUUUGAGGUAGAGGCUUGGUCAGAGCGACCUGCAGAGGGCGAGAAGGACAAGAAGAUCAAUGCGGACAGACAGAGAGACAGGCAAGCAGGCUGGUGGUACCAGCUGAUGCAGAGCUCUCAGGUCUAUAUUGAAAACUCUACAGAAGGGUCAAAAUUUGUGAAAUGGGAAAAGAGGAAGAAGCGAAGUGGAACUGGGGAGGCAGAGGCGGGGCAUGGACAGAGCCGGCCCCCUCCUAGAGAGGGCGUGGUGGAAGGGGCCGAGGCCAAUGAUAGGGAUGGAGCGGUGAAGGACCUGAGCAGUGAAAGCAGCUGUAGAGCGAAUGACAUCCACGGCAAAGGGAGGCCUUUCGGGACGGGUAGCAUUCCGGAGUCAGGGCUGAAUGAGCAGAGGAAGACUACAGAGAAAGAGGCAUGCAUGGCUGUGGCCCCUGGGGGAGGACAGGAGAGCACGAUGUGGUGGAGCAGGCUCUUUGGGUCAGGGGCGAGGAACCCUGCACCAGCAGACAGGGAAGAUCAGGGCCUCGUCAAAUCUCAGAAAAACAGGCUGCCAUCAGGAUGGCUCAGUCUGGACAAAUCAGUGCUAGACUUUGUGGCUCAGGCAGUGGGAGUGGGAAAGCGUCCAGACGCCGCUGUUCCUUCCCAGGGCCCUGGCCUGACUACAGCGCAGCAAUGCAGUAAUGCGGUAAUGGAGACCAGCAAGCAGCCAGCGUCAUGGAAGGUCCGGGCCUUGUGUCACCACCUUGCCACCGAGCCGGGACACCUGAGCUUCAAGAAGGGAGACCUGCUGCAGGUGCAGACCCGCGCUGACCCCGACUGGCUGCGCUGUGUUCUGGGCGACAGUGUGGGCCUCGUCCCCAUCAUCUACGUCACCCUGACGGAGGAGUCGCAGGAGUCUCAAUAAACUCCUCGGCGUCUCAGCUGAGGAGAGCAGACUUGGGGGUGGGUGAUGGUCACUAAAUACCAUGAUGUGAUUUUAAAAAUUACAGUGCUGUCAACUUUAUAGACAGGGAUGGGCAUGACUGGUGCACAAGUAAGCAUUAAUGGCAUUAAACAAGUACACAUUUGCGCUGCUAUGACAAGAAAUUACCGUUCAUUUUAACCUUUAUAUUGUGAAUGGGGACUGUACCAGUAAUGUAAAUCCCUGUACUGUAUAUAAAUAAAUUUAGUCUGGAGCCGAUGUUGAACUAACUCUAAACCUAAUAUCCUAGAGUCACUAGGGAAUCUACAGUAUUCUGACAGGCAUAAACUUACCUAUAAACUUGUUACUUAUAAAUGAAGUUGGUUCCACACAAAGACAGUGGUACGACUCACCUUCUGUCUAGGUCUGAGUCUAUGUUGCUGCAGUGAAGGAAUGAGAUAAAACUGAGUGUAAGAAAAGAUGAGAAAGGGAUUAUAAAACACAGUAUAGCCCUGCUGCUUAGUUUGAGGAGUACAGGUUAACCAGACGGGAGACGUCGGAAGCUUCUUGUCAUGGUUUGGCAUUCAUACUGCUGAAGCCAGUUUCUGAAGCAAAUUUCUUAAGUGACGCAUAAUACCCACCACUUCUUCUAAGAACAAACUAAGACUAAACCACCAGUUUCUUCAACGCUUGUGUGUAAGACACUUGUACAGUAUUAUUGUCUGUGGAAUCUCACAUUUUACAUGGAUCUGCUGAUUAAGAAUAACAAUGAAGACUAUGAAUAUGAGGCAAUUAUUAGAUAUUUAUUUUUAAGUAUAUAUUAAUUAGCAACAUUUAGCUUAUGUAUAGUAAUUUUAGAGUCAUCCAAAAUGCAACAUUUUUCUUGUUGAAACAUUCGUCUCUCAGAUGGGCUUUUAAAGCUCUUUACAGGGUAGCUGUUUAUUCAUUUAUUUAUUCCAAACAGUUUCAUUUGGAUUUUUGAUAAGAAAUGUUCGGGUAAACCAGAGAACAUGAAUCGCACAGCUCAAUUUCAGUUACUGUCUUUGCCAGGGAUUCAAGAAACACGAUGAUUCAUAAAACUGCAGUAUGUCAAAAGAAACCUUUGCCAAGUCUGUGAAAAAGAAAUGGUAAAGACUGGUUUACCCUGUUUACCAUUUACCAUUGUUUUAAAUACACAUUUUUACAACUGGUACGGUUAUGGAUAAAUCCAGUCAGAAUACGGCCUGCUGUAAAUAAAAGACACUCUUCAUACUGUACAUGCCUUGGAAUGGCAGCAGCUUCCAAAUAGCUGCAUUUUUGCGUAUGGAAAGUAGGAAUAUCUCCAUUAUUCCUAUAAUAUCCCUACCAAGAUUGUGGGAGACCUGUGUGUGUUUAGGGGGGUGUGGAUUAGGGGUUGAUUUGCUCCCUACCGAUGUUGAAACCAAACAUACACCCUUGAUGUUUCCACACCUUAUAAUCGUGUCUUUUCUGUGGUAUGAAAAUAAGUGUCUUAUUAUGCCUAUAGUGAAUAGACAAAGACAUUUCCUCUGGAUAACAAUCGUGACAUGGUUAUAUGGGACACUGUGGCCCAGUGUCCAAGUCUAAACUCUGCUGCCUCAGCCUUAAUCCUGGCAGUCCAGCCAGGAGGGAUCAGUCCUGACAAGGAAGAGGCACCAAUAUCUUGUGCAUGUACCUCAUUAAGCAGUCGAUGUUUUGUUCCCUUUCCCUGUGCCACUUAAUUUCAGGGGCUGCCUAUCCCUAGGGCAAGGGAUGAAAAUGCAAUAAAAAAAUGACAAUAGGGCUUAUAUUUUUAAUUAUUUAUGGCAUCAGUCAACCUGUGUCCUAUUUUCUUCUGAGGUUAAUCUGUCAUCUUUCUGUUGAAAUCUUUCUUUUUAUGAGCUGAGAAAUGAUGGUGGAUGUUGAUCCUUGGGCAAGUAAAGGGCAAAGGGUAAGAUUUACAGCAGCAGCAUGUUUCUAAGCUUAUAAACCAGCAUUUAACAUCUGCGAUGAUGCAUUGUUCAUGCCCCAAAUCUCCACCUGUGCAUGAACUAAACGAGAAAGUAAAAUAGUGUAGUUUGCAGUGCCAAAUUUUUGUGAGCUUUUUGUAGAUUUGGAUUCCUCGGCAGGAACAUGGGAAGUGGCCUUAAUGAUGAAAUAUAUCUCUGCUGGCAUUGCCAACAAGUUUUCAGUCAUAUCUUUGCAUGGAGAUUCAUGGCAGUCCCCAUUCAAUUAGAGACAAUUUAUUGCCAUUAUUUUAGACCAAGGGUGGGACUGAAAUGCGUUGGGCCUCCCUAGUGAUUCUGGAACUCUCAGUGGUGAACAGGUACAAUAUUUAGAAGAGGAUAUACUGAUAGCUAAGUAUAUGUAGGAUAUACUUAGCUUUAAACAUUGUAAAUAAUAACAAUAAAAUAAUAAUAAUAAUAAUAAUAAUAAUAGUAAUUAAAACAGAAACACUGAGUCUAAUAUACUCAAAAACUACAUUUUUACUUUGGAUGGGUAAUACUGAGUACAUUUUUUAUUUUUAACAUUUCAUUUUCACCUGGAUGUACAAUUACAUUAUUUUUAUAUCAUUUGUUGUAAAAACUAAAUAAUUUAAUAUUUUAUUAACAUAGAAUUGUAUAUACAUUUAGUUUAUUUAAUUGCACUUUUGAGGAAAAAACGUUCUAAAGGGAAAUACGUUAAUGUUCCACAGUUAUUUAAAAAAGCAUAAAAUACAAACAAAAAUACAGUACAUGUUUGCAUUACUCAUUGUACUGGCUCACAAUGCAUCUUGUAAGUCCCAGCGAGUACCUUAAUGGGGACAGGGUGAUAAGAGAAGCGGUAUGACACCUCUCCAGACACUGGAUACCAUUUCUGUUUGUUACCAAGACACACUAUGUAUAUUGUAUAUAUUUUUGUGAAUGCUUUUGGCAGGAAGAAUCAAAACUGGACCAAUACUGUUGUUUAUUACCCGAGCCUGCAUGCAGAGUUAGGGGGAGUAUGUAGAGAGAGUUUCUGUGCAUGGCUCUUUAGCUAAAAGGAGAGUGUGAACUGGUGCUUCUCAGCAAGUUUCUCAUGUUCAGCCUUCAGAAUUCUCUAAGGAAGGCCCAGACAAUUUCCUGCCAUUUUUCUCCAAAUUCACUUGCAGUUAUGCUUACUCCUGCUUGUUGUUCAGGUGGUACAAAUGUCUUACUAUAUCCAUGCUCUGUAAUGCGAAUGGCCGUACAGUCAUUUUCAACAAGGUGCUUAUGUGAACAUCUUUUAUGGUAUCAUUUGCAAACAUUUAUAAAAAUACAUAAAAUUCAUUAUAAAAAUU